CAAAAGAAGCUCGACGAUCAUCAGGUGAUGUGAACUCAACCAACUCCUCCAUUCAGCCGAUUCAACUUAUUUUGCAGACUCUUCUUAACGACUCCAGCCGACGAGUUAAUUGUCAAAAUCAGGAAAAAACCCGCUCCAAACACAAAGCAUCAUGGGGCGGAAGAAAAUACAGAUCUCUCGGAUUCUUGACCAGCGAAACCGACAGGUGACAUUUACCAAGCGCAAAUUUGGUCUGAUGAAAAAGGCCUACGAGCUGAGCGUGUUGUGCGACUGCGAGAUCGCUCUUAUCAUCUUCAACAGCACUAACCGUCUUUUCCAGUACGCCAGCACCGAUAUGGACAAAGUGCUGUUAAAGUACACCGAAUACAGCGAACCUCACGAGAGCCGCACAAACACUGACAUACUGGAGACUUUGAGAAGGAAAGGAAUGGGGCUGGAUAAUUCAGAGCUCGAUCAGGAAGACAGUGUGACGAUGGGAACGGAGAAAUACCACGACAGCAUGGACCUCUCCAUCGCUCGCCAACGUUACUAUGCUCCUUCGCUCUUGCCUUCGGAAGUGAUGGGUGCAAGUACCGAAAACGGCUACAGCAACUCCUCCAAUCCAAACCUUGGUUCACAUCGGACUCCGUCCUACAAACCUUUGUGUACCAGACCGGGCUCAACCGGUUCUGUCAGCUCCAACUCCCAUCCGGCUCUCAUGGGACCACAUGCAGGUCUGGGCUACUCGAUGUUCUCUCAUGGCAACCUGAGCAGGGCCUUGGAGAUGAAGACUCCGCCCCCUCUGAAUAUGGCCAAUGAUGGACGGCGCAUCGACGCUCACGGUGGACUCUGUGGAACCCGCAGUAAUCUGGCCAAUGCUGUGAGAGAGUCUACAAAAAGAGUACUCUAUCAGAGUAUGCAUGCUGGGGGCCACAUGAUGGCGAUGGGGAAGACAGGCUUACUCGGGCACAGUCUGGGCAACUACGGGGCUUCAGAAUACAGCAACCCCAGUUACACCGUGGGUUAUCAGCGCAAUUCUAUGAAUACCUGGCAACCUUUGUCUCAUCAGGACACCCACCAGUCCAUGAUCAGCCCUGGGAUGGCAUCAGGAGGAAACUGUUCUUACCCGUCCCAGUGCUCCUCCCCUUCCUCACCGCCACACCCCUCCCUCAACCUGAGCAUCAAAUCAGAGCGCACCUCUCCUGAGCACAUGCUCUCGGCCACGCCCCCCAGCCGUCACAUGCUGCAGCACUCACCAAUGGAAGAGCCCAAGGCCACCAGCUGCCCUCCGUCAGAGGAAUACUCCGCUGUGGAGAGGGACGAGAUGCAGAAGAGCGGUUACUCCGGCCAGCAUGGCCCAAACAGAGAACCUGGAGAGGGGAAGAGCCACCAGCCUCUGAAGCAACCUGACGCCAAUAAUGGAUGGAUAAGAUAAUCUCCACAACCGUUUCUUUUCAUUUCUUAAAGGAACAGUACACCCAGUAAUUCAAAUUUGCUGAACAUUUACUCACCCUCAGACAAUGCAGUAUGUAGGCUAGACGAGUUGUUUUCUUCAUCAGAACAGAUUUGGAGAAAUUCAUGAUGGUGAAUGGGUGCCGUCAGAAUGAGAGUCCAAACAGCUGAUAAAAACAUCUCAGUAAUGCACACGACUUGAGUUUAUCAACUAACAUUUUGUAAAGUGAAAAGCUGCUAGUUUGUUUACUAAAUACAUAACUUAAAAACAGUGCUUCUGGCCAAAAUAUAAGUCUGUAAUCCAUAACAAUGCUUCCUCCAGUGAAAAAGUCCAUCUCCUGCUGUCUUUUUACAUGAGAAUCCACUGAUUUCUUUACAACUGAUUUGGACUGUUUUCACUUGUAAACGAAGCUUUAUCUGGGCAUAAUUGUCUCCUGAUUCAGACGAGGCAACAGUGGAGAAAGCAAUAUUAUGGUUAGAGAGACUGGUAUUUUAGCCAGAAGCAACGGUUUGAAAUUAAAAACUUCUUGUUAGAUUUGUUUAGAAACAUGCAGCUUUUCACUUCACAAGAUGUUAGUUGAUAAACUCGAGUUGUGUGCAUUACUGAGAUGUUUUUAUCAGCUGUUUGGAGAAUCAUUCUGACGGCACCCAUUCACUGCUGAUGAUCCAUUGGUGAGCAAGUGAUUUACUGCUAAAUUUCUACAACAUGCAUCAUAUUCCUCAUUAAUAUUAAAUUCUUCACGUUCAAAUACACACAAACAUGAAUCUUGUUUUUAUUAAUCAAUUAUUAUUAUUUUUAUUUUGUAUUAAUACCAUCACUUCACCAGAGCAGCAUUCACAUCAGUGCUGACCCUGUUUAGAAAUGUGAUUCCUCAUUUUCCUCACAUAGUGUAAAUUACUGUAGAGUUCAUGUAAAUGAUCUUCACUCAGGACAGACCGCUUUUCUACUUUCACACCAAAGGGUUUUUAAUAAGAAAAAAGAAAAGAAAACGAUGUUGUCUUGAUUAUUCGUCAAAUUAAUUUGCAUUAUUUCUGGCAUUACUUAUACAUUAUGUAAUAUUUUAAUUUCUUAGCUUAUGGUUUUCACUUGUGCUUGCCUUAUCAGUUUGUGUGAAUGAUGCAUAUACCAUCAUGUCUCUUCCUGAAGUAUUGUCAGUUGAAGUUUGUUACAAUGGCCACAAGAGGGCACAUAAACAUAUCAUGCAUCCGAAUGCUUCUUGUUGACAUGACAUUGUAACCUAACCUUUAUUUUAUAAUGAAUAAAUAAACGCAUUUGUACAUCUUGA